CCUCCCUUCUCUCCAUCUCCGUCUCUCUGUAUCCCAGCUUCAGCAGCCUGGCCAUCCCUCCUCCCCCACAUCACAGCUCCAGCCAACCAACACUGACAGGCAGGGCAGGGCCCAGAGGGACAAGCAGGAGGCACAGGACAGCAGCACAGCACACACACACACUGGGAGCUGUGACACAGCACUGGAUCGUUCCCACUUGCUGUCAGUCCAGGCAAGUCUGAUGCUCCACCGCAGAGGGAAGCAGUGACAAGGAAGAUAGCCAGGAAAUGGCGGGAGCAUCGGUGAAGGUCGCAGUCCGAGUGCGGCCAUUCAACUCACGUGAAAUUGGAAAAGAUUCAAAAUGCAUCAUCCAGAUGUCUGGAAACACAACCACGAUUCUCAACCCCAAGCAGCCAAAGGAAACUCCGAAGAGCUUCAGUUUUGACUACUCAUACUGGUCUCAUACUUCGGAUGAAGACAGUCAGUUCGCCGGCCAGCAACAAGUUUACUGUGACAUUGGGGAGGAGAUGUUGCUUCAUGCUUUUGAGGGCUACAAUGUGUGCAUCUUUGCCUAUGGACAGACUGGAGCUGGUAAAUCAUACACCAUGAUGGGCAAACAGGAACCAAACCAACAAGGGAUCAUACCACAGCUUUGUGAAGAUCUCUUCUCCCGGAUCAGCGACACGACCAAUGACAACAUGUCUUACUCUGUGGAGGUCAGUUAUAUGGAGAUAUACUGUGAACGGGUCAGGGACCUUCUAAAUCCAAAGAAUAAGGGAAACCUCCGAGUCCGUGAGCACCCCCUACUGGGACCUUAUGUGGAGGACUUGUCAAAACUGGCUGUUACCUCGUUCAAUGACAUUCAAGAUCUCAUGGACUCUGGUAACAAGGCCAGGACUGUCGCUGCCACAAACAUGAAUGAAACCAGCAGUCGGUCACAUGCGGUGUUUAACAUCAUCUUCACCCAGCGCAGGCACGAUGCUGACACCCAGAACACCACGGAGAAGGUUAGUAAGAUCAGUCUUGUGGAUCUUGCAGGAAGUGAAAGAGCGGAUUCCACUGGGGCUAAAGGAACAAGGCUAAAGGAAGGAGCAAACAUCAAUAAGUCUCUCACUACACUGGGGAAAGUGAUUUCUGCUCUUGCUGAAAUGGACUCUGGAACCAAUAAGAACAAGAAAAAGAAGAAGACAGAUUUCAUCCCAUACAGAGAUUCUGUACUCACCUGGCUCCUGAGAGAGAACUUGGGUGGAAACUCUCGCACUGCAAUGGUUGCUGCUCUGAGCCCCGCCGAUAUCAACUACGAUGAGACGCUGAGCACCCUGCGAUAUGCUGAUCGUGCCAAACAGAUCCGCUGUAAUGCUGUUAUUAAUGAAGAUCCAAACAACCGUCUGAUCCGUGAGCUUAAAGAUGAGGUGGCCCGUCUGCGAGAGCUGCUGGGAGCCCAGGGGCUGUCUGACAUCAUUGACACCGUUAAUGCCCUGACGGGUAUGAGCCCUUCGUCCUCCAUGUCUGGUUUGUCCAGUCGAGCUGCCUCUGUCUGCAGCCUACAUGAGCGCCUUGCCUUCACUCCUGGGAGUGAGGAAGCUAUCGAAAGGCUUAAGGAAACAGAGAAGAUUAUUGCUGAGCUCAAUGAGACGUGGGAGGAGAAGUUGCGCCGCACUGAGGCUAUACGCAUGGACAGGGAGGCGUUACUAGCAGAGAUGGGGGUGGCCAUGAGAGAGGAUGGAGGAACUCUUGGGGUCUUUUCACCUAAAAAGACUCCUCAUCUUGUGAAUCUUAAUGAAGAUCCUCUGAUGUCUGAGUGUCUCUUAUAUUACAUCAAGGAUGGCAUCACAAGAGUCGGACGGGAAGAUGUAGAGAGGAGACAGGACAUUCUCCUGAGUGGUCAUUUCAUCCGUGAAGAGCACUGUAUGUUCCGGAGCCACACCAUGCCCUGCGGCUCAGUGGUAGUGACCCUGGAGCCGUAUGAUGGGGCUGACACUUAUGUCAAUGGGAAGAAGGUGCAGGAGUCGUGCAUACUGAGAUCUGGUAAUCGUAUCAUUAUGGGGAAGAGUCACGUAUUUCGCUUUAACCACCCUGAGCAAGCUCGCCAAGAGCGGGAGCGCACUCCUUGUGCUGAGACCCCUGUGGAGCCGGUGGACUGGGCAUUCGCUCAGCGGGAGCUGCUGGAGAAGCAGGGCAUCGACAUGAAACAGGAGAUGGAACAGAGGCUACAGGAACUGGAAGAACAAUAUAGAAAAGAACGAGAAGAAGCUAAUUACCUUCUGGAGCAGCAGAGACUGGAUUAUGAAAGUCGGUUGGAAGCUCUACAAAGACAGAUGGAUUCCAGAUAUUAUACUGAGGUCAAUGAGGAAGAGGAGGAACCUGAGGAUGAUGUCCAAUGGACAGAUCAGGAGUAUGAUCUUGCACUCUGGGCUUUUCGGAAAUGGAAAUGGUACCAAUUCACUUCACUGCGUGACCAGCUCUGGGGCAAUGCCAUCUUCCUGAAAGAGGCCAAUGCUAUCAGCGUGGAGCUGAAAAAGAAGGUGCAGUUCCAGUUUGUGUUGCUGACAGACACCCUGUACUCACCACUGCCUCCUGACUUAUUGCCCCCGGAUGCUCACUCCGAACGUGAGAGACGUCCCUUCCCAAGGACCAUUGUGGCUGUGGAGGUCCAGGACCAGAAGAACGGUGCAACUCACUACUGGACCCUGGAAAAACUCAGGCAGCGUCUGGACAUGAUGCGUGAGAUGUAUGACCGAGCAGCUGAGCUUCCCUCUGGACUGAUGGAAGACUGUGAUAAUGUGGUGACCGGAGGAGAUCCGUUCUAUGACCGAUUCCCUUGGUUCCGUCUGGUGGGCAGCUCUCCCUUAUUCACCACAUGCAUGAGCGACAGCAUGGCCGAAAUAACCCCCUCCCCCACCCUCUCAAGCCCUGGCUCCGAGGGCACAGAGCCGGCCUCCCAGCUUGAAGAGGAGGAGGGUUUGGAGUAUGAGGAGGAAGAGGAAGACGGAUCCCAGGAGCAUCCCUACUGUGCUGUCAGAUCCGACCCGUUUCAUGACCGCUCCCCCCUAUUCAGUGUAGUGGGAAGGGCCUUCGUCUACCUGAGUAACUUGUUGUACUCUGUGCCUCUGGUUCACCGAGUAGCGAUUGUCAGUGAGAAGGGAGAGGUGAAAGGAUUCCUUCGAGUUGCUGUUCAGGCCAUUUCUGCGGACGAGGAGGCGCCUGACUAUGGCUCUGGGGUUAGGCAAUCUGGAACAGCCAAAAUCUCCUUUGAUGACCAACAUUUUCAAAAGUUCCAGGCCGAGUCCUGUGCAGGAAUGACACGCUCGGGAACCUCUCAGGAAGAACUCCGAAUCGUUGAAGGGGGUCAAGGACAAAACCCAGAUUGUGGCCCGACUGCAGAUGAGGUCAACAACAACACUUGUGCUGCCUCUCAGCAGGCGGCUCUUCUUGACAGUCCUAUAAAAGCUUCACUUGAUCUGUCAGAUGGGACUUUGCACCCCCUGAAACUGGGCACCAUCUUUACAUUCAGAGUCACCGUCCUGCAGGCAUCCAGCAUUCCUCCGGAAUAUGCUGACAUAUUUUGUCAGUUCAAUUUCAUACACCGCCAUGACGAGGCAUUUUCUACUGAACCUCUAAAAAACACCGGCCGUGGCCCACCAUUGGGUUUUUACCAUGUUCAGAAUAUUGCAGUGGAGGUCACGCAGUCCUUUGUGGAGUAUGUGAAAACUCAGCCGAUUGUUUUUGAGGUGUUUGGACAUUAUCAGCAGCAUCCAUUCCCUCCCUUGUGCAAAGACGUUCUGAGCCCCCUGCGUUCUUCCAGGCGUCUCCUCCCCAGGGUCAUGCCUCUGUCCAAACCAGUUCCAGCCACAAAGCUAACCAGGCAACGCGUUCCCAGUACUGGUCAGUGCCAUUGCAAGUACGACCUGAUGGCAUUCUUCCAGAUCUGUGAGCUUGAAGCAAAUGGAGACUAUAUACCUGUGGCAGUAGAUCAUGGUGCUGGGUUACCCUGUCAUGGUACUUUCCUCCUUCACCAGGGCAUCCAAAGGCGUAUAUCCGUGACACUGGUGCACGAGGCGGGGGCUGAGUUGAAGUGGCUGGAGGUGCGGGAACUAGUAGUGGGAAGAAUCCGCAAUACCCCAGAGGUAGAUGAGUCUCUAAUUGAUCCCAACAUCUUGUCUCUGAACAUCCUGUCUGCUGGAUAUCGUCCCCCGGAGGGAGGUGACAGGCAGUUUCUUGAUUCUGACACACCUAGGACAUUCUAUCACUUUGACGUGGCAUGGGACAGCUCUAUGCACAACUCCCUACUGCUGAAUCGUGUCACUCCAUACAGAGAGAAGAUCUACUUGACGCUGUCUGCCUAUGUAGAGAUGGAGAAUUGUACGCAGCCAGCUGUGAUCACCAAAGACUUCUGCAUGGUGUUUUACUCUCGGGAUGCCAAAUUGCCUGCCUGCCGCUCCAUCCGAAAUUUGUUUGGUACAGGUAGCCUGCGCGCAUCUGAAAGUAACCGUGUAACUGGAGUAUAUGAGCUCAGUCUUUGCCGGGUUGCAGAAGCCAGCAGUCCAGGCAUGCAGAGGAGACGCAGGCGUGUGCUAGAUACCUCUGUUGCAUAUGUGCGAGGUGAGGAGAACCUUGCAGGCUGGAGGCCACGGAGUGACAGCUUAAUCCUUGAUCAUCAGUGGGAGCUGGAGAAGCUCAGCUUGCUUCAGGAGGUUGAGAGGACCCGGCAUUACCUGCUGCUUCGGGAGAAACUGGAAGCCACACUCAGGGGAGCCACAGACUCGUUUACUCCAUCUCCUAGUGACGAGAUGUCGCCCCCCAGCCCUACAUGUCAGUUGGUGCAACUCACAGAGCCGGGGUCCCCACAUGUAGAGGAAAACCCACUGGAGACCGCCAGUGAGAGACAGAAAGAGCUGGCUGCCAAGUGUCUACGCCUGCUCACCCACACCUUUAACAGAGAGUACACUUACAGCCAUGUGUGUGUGAGCGCCAGUGAGAGCAAGCUUUCUGAGAUGUCAGUCACACUUCUACGUGACCACUCUCUUCCUGGCCUUGGGGUCUCGUCCCUCACGCCAUCUAGCACCUGCCCUUCCCUUGUAGAAGGACGAUACUGCAGCCAAGAGUCCAGUCCCCAGCCUCUGUCAUGUGCAUUUACCUCUGAGAGGGACCCUCCGAGCCCCCCGGGAGAGCUGCAGAAGUCACCCAGUACAGGACUCAAGAUCCCACUUAGUUUAUUUGUUCCUGACAUACAAGAAAUCCGGGUUAGCCCUAUCGUUUCUAAGAAGGGGUACCUACACUUCCUCGAACCUCACACUGGGGGCUGGGUAAAGAGGUACGUGGUGGUCCGACGUCCCUAUGUCUACAUCUACAAUAGUGAUCGGGAUUCAGUGGAGAGAGCCAUCCUUAAUCUCUCACAGGCCCAAGUGGAAUACAGUGAGGACCAGCAGGCCAUGCUGAAGACGCCCAACACGUUCGCUGUGUGCACACAACACCGCGGCAUCCUGCUGCAGGCCAGCAAUGAUAAGGACAUGCAUGACUGGCUCUACGCCUUCAACCCUCUCCUGGCCGGCUCCAUUCGGUCCAAACUGUCACGACGCAGAACAGCCCAAAUGAGAAUUUAAUGGGAUGCACACACUCUUUCCUGCUUUUAUCAACAUGUUACACCAUGAAUUCACCCCAAACCUGCACAUGACAAAAGCACCACACCCCUAAGCACCAUGCUCACGCUUACUUCUACUGCUCCCACUGAAGAUAACCUUUAUUCUUCUUAUGGCCUAGGAGGUAACCUGCGGCUUUCCAGUUGUUCUUGAAAUACAACUCUCAGCAAGCUGAGAGCUGUACAUUAACAGCUGGAGACUCUUGCGUUGCCUACACCUGGUCCAGGGAGUCUCACUGUGCUGCACCUUUGUUCUGUGUUUUUCAUUUCUUCAAUGAACUAUACUAUGGGCAGAUAGAAAUGACCAUUUGUAUGCAAGAAGACAUAGUAGGUGGUUCAGGAAAUGAUAUGUUACUGGUCUCAGUGGCCAUAAAACAAUGCCUGGGAUCCAGUAAGGAUCCCGGCGAUCGGGAUCCCGGCAAUCCCAACCCCAAAACCUAUAACCCAGUGGGAAGUUAAUCAUCUGACUAGAAAGAUGCAUUUUUAGGCAGGAAGAUUAGGAAGUAAUAAUGAGAGAAUGCUGAAUAAUGCAGAUCUCUAGUAAGAGAUGUUAAAGAAUAAGAUUUUGUAGCGGAACAUGUGAUCACUAAACUUUUGUGUCCUCUCCUAGUAUGGGAAGUCUACUCCUAAAACAUCAAACACAUCCCUGCAAAUGCACAAACCAUCUACACAGAGUGCAGGUAGCCAUUUUAACAGAACUUAUGACAUGAUUGUGGUGGUACGAAGGGGGCAGACACGUUGCUUGGUGAUAUCACUUGUGCCCAAUACAUUAACAGCCUGUUUUCUCAUUAAUAUUAGUUAAGCUCACAAGACGGUGGUACUCACUGCAUGUAGAUGAUGGGUACACAUACAUGGGGGUCUGUUCCCUGCUUUAUACAUUUUCUCAUGUGAGGCACGUCCUUAGUUACAAUUCUUUGCACCAUCUAAUAUGUCAUUUUCCAAAGCGGGUGUAAAUAUAACACACUCACACUAAUCUGUCUAGAGAGGGUCAUGCGUUCACAUAAUAAGUGUGUCUAGAAGAGGCACAAGAAGCCUAACACUGUGUAGUGUGAUUAAUUGAUUCUAGGACCUUGCCGGUUACUACAAAACAAUGCCAUGUUGUACUAGAUGUUUUUGCCCUAUGUAUGUACUUAUAAUUUUGCAUGCAGGAUCAUGUUCUACAGGCUAUAGUGCCAUGAGAACUUAACUCAACCCAAAGGAAGCCCGAGCACACAUACACCAAAGAGAGGGGAACCGGGAACCAGUUAUACAUAAGAGAAUUUCUCCAUUCCAACUGUAUGCACUUUAAGAAUGAAUUUCUCAAGAAUCAGCGCCUUAUAGCCCACUCACUACCUAUGCUCGUUAAUGUGAAGGCAAUAUAUAAUAGCACUUUAAUUAAUUUGCCUUCAAGAUAGCACCAAGGUAUAUUAAUAACCUAAAUAAAACCUAGGGAGAUUUGGGUCAUUGUCUAGUCUUUGAUCAACAUGUCACUGAAUGCACGUGAGACUGAUCUUGCUGUUAGUCGGACAUUGUUAGCACUGGGUUAUUGAAUGUCUUUGGGAUGCCAUAGUAUGGGUGUAUAGGACCUCCAAUCGCAUGGUCAGACAACCUGAGACUAUGAGGUCCGAUCAUCUCAGACUUGGGCUGAUGUAUGUCUGAGGCCAGCUAACCUGUGGAACAUACAGUCCCAAAUAGAACAGACCCAGUUAUAGGAAUUAUCGAACACGAGGGAGAAUUUUGUUAUCAAAUGCAUUCAUUGGCCUAUGUAUCAAGCUAUUAGUGUCCACUCCUGUCCUCCAGAUCUACAACAUACUGUAAAAGAGCAUCAAAUCAAAUCUAAUAAUAAAUAAGGGGAAUAAUACAUUACUAUUUACCAUUGAUUUAUGCUGGGACCACUGGACUCCAGUACAAAUGAUGGAAAUAUUAUAUCAAAUUACUUUUUAUCCGAUUCCUCUUUGAUAAAAGUACUAGUCAACAGAAUCACUUACAAUAGUCCAUCAUGGUGCUGACCGGACCUUUACCAGCUAUGUCUGCAGGUAGUGUAAUGUUUAGGAAUCAGGAAAGUAAUGACUCAAAUAUGUCCAGGAUUCCAUAAAUGUAUUAUUACAUUACAUAUUGCUUUGCAUUUUGGGUGGUGAUUUUGUUGCUUUGAAAGUGAACAAUGACUGUCUUGUAUAAUAUGUCAAUGUCACGUUAAUGAGCUGUGGAGAGAUUGCAUACUAGGCUACACAAUUUUGUACGUUAUAAUGAGUGUUGCAUGCGAACAGCAGUUAGCAGCUUUAAUCAACUCAAUGAUACAUUUCUCAUUGUACAUAAAUCUUCAAUAGUUUAAGGGCAAAAUAAAUGUAAUUGAAAAAAAAAUAUUGCCAGAUUUGUGAUUUGGCAUCACAAUUGUAAAAAUUCCAGGAUAUUUCCUACAAUUAUACCCAAUAUGUGUUACCAUACUUAAAAUCAUUUUGACCAAUUCUGGUAAAAAGAAUUCUGUAUCUUAUCUUUAGUGCAUACUGCAAAGAAAAAACAACAACUGGGUAAAUGUCUUCUCUCUUCAGCUCUUUGUCACAAAUAAACAUAAAAUGGUGCAAGUGGCGGAUUUGGGAGAUGGGGGGCGGGGGGUGUUAGGGGAGUUCACAUGUCUACCUUUGUCAUUUCUGGCAUGCAGCUCACUACUGAAGUAAAUUGACGUAAACAUAGCGCAGAGUCUUUGUUAUCUACUGCACAUAUGCUGGGGUCACACAGAAGCCCCUCCUAUAAUUUCUUUUGGGGAAGAGGGGGUGGGAAUCCACCCUUGAAAGGUAUUAUCUACUUUUACAUGACUUACUUAAUGUAUUUUAUAUGCAAUUUUAAGAACAAUGCUGUCUUGUAGUUUGCUUCUGUACUGUCCAGCAAGUCUUACUCUUUAUUCAGGCAGCCUUAUUCAUUCUUUGUUCCCUCGAGAUGUGGCUCAAAACUGCACUAGGAAUACAACCCUAUCCAAUGUAGAAAGCACCUGGAGUAGGGAAGAUCAUCUCUGCCUUAGGACACACAAGGAAGCAGGACAUGUCAAGGAAAUGAUAUAGGGCCUAAUUCAGACCUGAUCGCAGCAGCACAUUUUUUCUCUAAUGGGCAAAACCACGUACAGUGCAGGUGGGGCAGAUUUAACAUGUGCAGAGAGAGUUAAGUGUCCUACACACUUGGCGAUGUUACCGAUUUGGACGAUGUUCGUUUUCAACGAUUAACGACCAUCGUCCAAAUUGGCUUGUUAUGCUAAACGAGGGAAAACAAAUGAUGAACGACCGCGAGGACACGCAUCGUUGGUGCAUACACACUGAGCGAUAUGAACGAUUUAUCGUUCAUUACUGAACAAGAUCGUUCAUAUUGUUCAUACACAUCGGCAAGUGUGUAGGGCCCAUUCUAUUUGGGUAGGGUGUGUUCAAACGGAUAUCUAAAUUGCAGUGUAAAAAUAAAGCAGCCGGUAUUUACCCUGCACAGAAACAAAAUAACCCACCCAAAUCUAACUCUCUCUGCACAUGUUAUAUCUGCCUCACCCGCAGUGCAACAAGGUUUUGCCCAUUAGAGAAAAAUUUUGCUGCUGCAAUCAAGUCUGAAUUAGGCCCAUAGUAACACAGUGACAAUGACCAACAAAUCAAUGAUAGUCAUAUGGAAGUGGGCAACCUAUAGACAGCAGAUAAUAUGGAAGGACAGCAAUAUAUACUGUACUGGGGACGUGCAAUAAUUGCUCUGUCCAGGUUCAGCAGAUGUGCCACUCAUUAUAUUGCAGACUAUACUGUAGUGAUACGUAUAAUUGCCCAGUCAUUUACACUAACAUAUUACUUUAUGUAAAUUAGGGCAGUUUGGUUUACAACUAUACAGAACAAAGCUUAUUUAAGGGGAUAGACGCCUCCGCGUGCUGUGUAGUUCUUUAUGGCGAUUUGGUAUGUCAGGCAAUUUGCAGCUCUAGCAGUGAACUCUGUGUUACAUUAUGUACAUGAAAUAUAACAAGCUAAAAUGUUUAACUUACUGUUGGAGCAGAUAGAGAUCCCAAUUAUUUAGUAAAUCCCAUUAUUUUGACCAGAAAACUGAUCAUCUGUGGUUGUGCAGGCGGCUUAUUCUGCAUAGCAUAACCUUGUCUGUAUAACCGAACAUGUAAAAAGUAUUUCAUACAUGUCAUGUCUUGUGCCUCUUACAGUUUUCUGUUUAACUGUAACCUAUUACACUGUGUCAGUACAGUAUGGUUGUUGUUUUUUUGACUAUGUAAUAUAAUGGAUUGGAUAAUAAGUAUGUUUAUCUGGGACGUGCUAGUAAUACUACAGACAUUGUAAUCCAGUAUAAAAUAAAACUUGGCUGUGAAGACUUGCCAGUGAUAAAGCUGCUGUAUCCCAGCACUGCAUUAAAUCCAGUGGAAUGCCUUGCCAGGAAAAGUCAGGGACAGAGUGAAGGGUGGCUCUAGAGUGAAGUAGCUGCCUCUUCUGCCUCUCAUGUCCCAGUCAGGCAUCACUACUGUAUCUGUGCCACGCUUAGGCAACCUGUGGCUCUGCAGCUGAUGUGGAAUUAUAAGCAUGCUGUGACUUGUAGUUCUGCGCAAGAUGGAAAGCCAUAGUUGUCCUACCUCAAAUCUAGUUGGAAAUACUAUAUAGUAAAAACUAAAAGUUCUGGGAUUCCCAAGGAUGCAAAAAAAUUAUAAUAAUAUACAAUAACAAAAAGGACUAAUACCUGGCCAUGUUGAUGGUGGCUGUUAUACCCUAUUCGAUAAAGUUUCUUUAGUAAUGCAUAUAGUGUGGAAGUAAUCACUGCUGCCCAGUCCUGUCCUGUAAGCGGCUGUCCGGGGGGCCGGUGCUCUCACCCUGCCCUGACUAGUGCACUUUGUCAUUCUGUGCUGUGUAUUCCAGACCUCGAAACACCAUAUGGAAAGAUCUUCCAAUAAAGUUGCUGGUCACUCUGCCUUCCAUAUAUUAAAGUAUAUCAAAUGACUGUCAAGCCUAUUUAUUUAAAUAUGUAUGUAUUUUAACUACUAUAGUAAAACUGUUUUAUUUAUGCAUUGUAUCAUGUUAUACCUGGCAAUGUAAUUUUAAUGACUUAGAUGUAAAAUACAGUGCAGCUACAUGUUCA